GCGGCCCGCGACGCCACCGCCGGCGAAUCGGCGCGCGCCGCGGUGACGACGCGGGCUAAAUAUAGCCGGUAUAUAUCUAGGCCGGUCGCGACCGCGAAUUAUCCACAGUCGCGCGCCGGCGGCCGACGGAGGAGGAUAAGCGGAUUAUCGGACGGAGCGGAUUUAUAAGUGCGUGCGCAGUGCGCUAAGUGCGAGCACACCGGGGCGCCGGACACGAGUUGCGAAGGCUAGAUAAAUGGUGAGAGCCCAGCGCAAGCCAUGUACAAUCUGAACGUGAACGUGAAUCCCAGCCCGACCGGGGCCGCGGGUUUUCUCGGUGUCACGGCGGCGGCGGCCGAGGUCACGCCAAGGACACCGGAAAUCGUAAAUUCGCUGAUCGCCAUGACCAAUCCCUUCGAGGGCUACGGCAGCGGCAACGAGAAGGGCACGCGGGACCGUACAGACUCGACCAGCAGUGGCGAACCGAGCCCGCCAAGCGUCCAGCACACCUGUAGUCAGCUUAUCAAAGAAGGGCUGAAGCUAACGUUGCAGACGAAGAGGCGGGCGAACAGUAGUGGCGACGAUGGCAAGAAAAAAACGAAAAAGGAGGACGGCAGCGGCGCCGAUGACGAGGAAGAGGAUGAGAUGAGCAACAACAACAUCAUGAGUGGACUGACGCCGGAGGACGAGGAACGACGGCGGCGGCGGCGCGAGCGCAACAAAAUUGCGGCGACCAAGUGUCGGCUGAAGAAGCGCGAGAAAACGGUGAUUCUCGUGCAAGAAUCCGAAAUCCUCGAGACGCAGAAUCACGACCUGAAGUCCCAGAUCCAGGAGUUGGAGACUCAGAGGCGCAGGCUGGUCGACAUGCUGAGCCUCCACACACCUACCUGCCUGAAGCAGGGCCUGGACACGACGUCGUAUCAGCAGUUCGCCGAACCCCUUCAUCUACCCAGCUAUCAGGACAAUUUUGUGCCACAGCAACCCCCGCCGGCCCUGAAUCAGCCGCAGAACUGCGUCACCGACUACCCUGUAAAGGUCGAGGAGUACGAGACCGAUUUUUACCGGCAGGAUAGCCCCUUCGUGCCGACAACGUCGGACGCCGGUUGUACGGUUUAGCGAAACGGCGAAAAUCGUUUUACUUCGCCAUCCCGAGGGAGGGAGAAUCGUCAAGAAGCUCGGAGGGUGUGUAUAAUAAUUGAAGGUUCUUGGAGUAUCAAAGACGGUCUCGCCAACAUUAAUUUACUUUAAAUGCAGAACCUCGAAAAAUGUCUAGGAGAUCUGAGGAACAUACUUUCAUAAAAACACAUUUCUUUGUUCCGCAGAUAAAAUUAACAAAGAUUGAAAAUUGUAUAUACAUAUAGUGAAUGUUAAUUGACGUUGGUGACAGAGUGAUUCUUCGCGCGAAUCGAAUUGUAAAGAUUUUCAAUUUUUAUUCGAUUCAGCUUCUUUCUUGCCCCACCUCUCUGGUGCUCGUGGAAUUUUUGCGAAUCGAUAAAAUUUUAAUUAUGAAUUGAAAGCUAUGGGAAAGUGUUCGAAAGAAAUUUGGAUAUUCGAUAUAAAUAUAUAUCAGUAUAGUCUAUGUUGUAUAUUCUAUAUAGUUUGCAUGUCAGAAUUUUAUUUCACAUUUUAUAAAUUCUAGUUAUUAAUUGUGUAGAAUGUUAUACAAAAGUUUUAUUUUUGAUUUAUAUAUUUUGAGCAAUUAUACUUUGCUCGAUGAAACGGUUGGCGUCAGGAUGCCGAUAACGGCAGGAUUAUAUGCAUUCCAUGUACAAGGAGAAUCGGAGAAAUGAGAAAGUGAUUUUGUUGGUUAUCCCUAAUUAUUAUUUCGUUAAUUCUUGUAAUUUUAUUCUUAACUCCUUAGUUUUCUAAACUAAGCCGUCCGAGCUUCUCGCCGUUUGUCUCUCCCGAUCGUAAGUCCGUAGCUCGUAAGUCGAUUAUUACUUCGUAAACGCGAACAAUGAUUUUUAUCUUUCUCGUCUUCCUGUUCGUCUAUCGAUCUUUCCUCUCCCUUUUCUUUUCUCGUUUCACCUUUUCCUUUUUUUUUCUAACGAGCUCUUAUUAUACUCGAGAAACGUUCGACGUAGAGAACGCUUGAAGACAUUCCUUCGUAAUAACCGUACUGUGACAUUCUCUUAUAAGGCCUUUAAUUAAUAAUAUAAUCGAUAAUGUAAGAUAAAGACGGACUGUCCAGCAAUGCUCGCUCUUUUGCAAGAGUUAUUACUGUUAGAAUAUAUGUCAUAAAAAUUACAUUACUGUACAUCAAUAGAAAAGUUUUUUUUCCACGAUUAAGAAUAUGACUAAUUUUAAUUGUAAUAAUUACGUUAAUUUUAUUCUUGAAAUUGAUAUAUAAUUUCAGUUAACCAAAAUAACUCACUUCUGUACUAGUAACGGUCGGUCUCGCACGCGUGUACUAGCUACGCUUACACUUGGCGCGAGACACUACCGUGUCUCGUGAUAACGAAUCUGUGAAAGUCUGCGUCUAUAUUUUUCAGCGAGUUCGGACUCGAAUACAUUAUCCUCUUUGUUUAUUUCCUCUUUUACGCUUGUCGCGCCGUUGAAAAAAACUAGUGAGACGAGUGAGCAUCGCCGAAAGAUAUUCCGUCGUUAAAUAAUAAGCAAAACUCGAGACACCGCGUCGAAUAUUGACGGCAAUUGGAAGAUAGUUAUUUUCAAACCGCUUUAAAGUCACAUUUCUCGAAAGAGCAAGAGAACAUUUGAAAACUCACUAAAUGGGAUUUAAUGUUGAAAAAAUUUAUCUGACAUCGACGAAAAAUUUUAUAUCAGUUUAUUAAUAAGCGGGCAACUCCCGUUUAAGUAAGGGGAGUUCACACUUUGGAAAUAAGACCUUUCAUUUCGCGAGGCGCGUGUCUCGGAUUUGCGAGACAGUGAGAAAGAGAGUACAUGCGAGUACCCCGGUGUAGAUAAGUCUUCUCUAUCAUUGAUAUUGAUUAUCAAGGAGUCGAUAACAUGCGUUCAGAGGAUACUUAUAAUUAUACGAGUAACGAGAAUGAUAUUUAAUAUGUACGUAUGCAUAUAUUUUAUACAAAUCCAUAUUAUAUAUUGUACAUAUAUAUUC